AUGGUGGUCAUGGAAGGGACAGUAAUGGGAACAGCUAGUGAGUCAAAACCAGGCAGUGAGCAAAAGCACUCUUUAACAGAGGUGCCUAGAGCUACUGAGACUUCACUAGCACAUGAUUGUGAAGUAGAAAAAUUAAUUGGACUUGAAGAUGACACAGAAUUAACACCUUAUGAAGGAAUGGAAUUUGAGUCUGAAGAUGCUGCAAGGGAUUUCUACAGCACAUAUGCAAGAAGUGCAGGUUUUCGAAUUCGGAUAAGCAGGUAUACUCGCUCCAGACGUGGUAAUUCAGUUAUUUCUCGUCGAAUUGUGUGUUCAAAAGAGGGAUUUCAUGAAACCCGUGCUUGUGAUGGCCUCCAUUCUGAACAAAAACAUCAAGAACGGGCAGGUACUAGAGUUGGUUGCAAGGCAAUGAUAUUAAUUAAAAAGUUUGAUCCUGGCAAAUGGAUGGUUACCAAAUUCGUAAAGAACCACAAUCAUGGACCAGUUCCACCAAGAAGACUUGAUUCUAGGCCAGCUGAUCAGGACUGCGAUCAAAUCGAGAAGCCACAUUCUAUUGAGGCGGACCCUGUUGAGGAGCCAUUUGAGGGUAUGGAAUUUGAAUCGGAAGAAGCUGCAAAAUUUUUCUAUGUAAACUAUGCAAGGCUAAAUGGUUUUCGUGCACGUAUUAGUAGAUACUGCCGUUCAAGGCGUGAUAAUUCAAUUAUUUCUCGCCAGAUUGUGUGUUCCAAGGAAGGCUUCCGUGAAGUUCGGACCAAGAAAGUGAUGACAGAUGAAGGGAAAACAAAGCGCCCGAGAAUGAUAACUAGAGUUGGUUGCAAAGCUAUGAUUGGUUGGUUUUGGCCUUUAGGCCGGGAGGCGCCAUCUACCAACCAAGGCAAAGAAAGCUCUGCGUUCGCAGCUUGCGCCAACUGA